GAAAUAAACAGCUGAAACCAUUUAAACAAACGGAAUUUAAAAGCAGUGCUUUGCUCUAUACAAUGUCUAAAAUGUUCUAUGUUUUAAUUUUAAUAGCUCUAUGUGGAAUCCAUGUUCAAUCUGAGACUGUUACCUACGCUACUCCAAAACCGUUAAAAAUAGAUAUGAAUUGUCAACCUCUUGAUAAAUUUUCCCAAUGUCCACAUGGUUAUUGUUGUGUUCGAGAUGAAUUUUUACCAACAUAUGUAUAUUGUAAGGCAAUUGGAACAGCAGGUGAACACUGUACAACAAGAGACACAGAUUCAGAAUGUCCCUGUGACAAGGGUUUAUAUUGUAAACCAAACAUCAUCAGUGGAUCCUUCCAGUCGCUGUACGGAGUCUGCCACAAGAGAAUCGGAAAUGUGGGUUAGGAAAACAUACACCAAACAACACGUAGUGCUAACUUCGGUUGAAUUACUAUUAAUAUGAAUUGAUAUAAAAUAGUUUAUAGUC